AUAAACCAAAUGCAGUGUUCACAAACAAGACCACCCUCACCUUUUAAUAACCAACCCCCAAAUACAUAUGGAUUUCCAACGAUUCUACGAAACAUGGUACGACCAGCUCCACCACCAUAUCCACCACCUUACCAAAGCCCCUCGGCCUCCCAGCACUGACGACCACCACCACCAACUCACUCAACUCGUCAACAAAGUCAUGUUCCACUUCUCCGAGUACUACCGAGUCAAGUCCAUCGCCGCCAACCAAGAUGUUCUUUCCAUCUUCUCCGCACGCUGGUCCACCACCCUCGAACGCUCCCUCCACUGGAUCGCUGGAUGGCGACCCACCACCGCCUUCCACCUUAUCUACACCGAAUCCAGCAUCCUUUUUGAAUCCCGCAUCCUUGACAUCCUCCAUGGUCUCCGUACCGGCGACCUCGGUGACCUCUCGCCGGCUCAGUUCACCGGUGUCAGUGAGUUACAGUGUGAAACUGUUCAACAAGAGAACGCCAUCACCGAUCAGCUGUCGGAGUGGCAGCAGGAUGAGGCAAGUGCGUUAAUAGGUGGGACAUGUGUGGAUCUAGACAAGAAGAUUGAAGGGCUGGUGAAGAUUGUGGAGAAAGCCGAUGAGCUGCGGCUGCGGACAUUGAAGGCGGUGGUGGAGCUACUGACACCGCAGCAGGCGGUGGAGUUUCUGAUCGCUGCGGCGCAGUUGCAUUUUGGAAUCCAUAGAUGGGGUUUGAAUCAUGAUCGUGAACGUGCUGAGAAAUAAUGUCGUAGGUAGGGGGUAUGAUAACGAGUUCUUUCUUUUUUUGUGUGGUAAUCAUCGGAAUGGUUAUGCACCGGAAAACCGCCAUAGCCACGGCCGUCCCUUUUUUGCAUUACAAAUGAUCAAUUCAUCUUUUUGUUGAUGUAUGGUUUCUUAAUUACCUUGAAGAUCAUCCUAAUUAUCCAAAGGCACUUAUAAUUAGAUUAAGGAAAUUAAUUAAUUUCAUCGUUUUUUGAGGAUAAAAAGUUGUCGUCAAU